AGGCAUCCUAUGAUCGUAUCGUUUGCGAGAACCCGGAGUUGAGACAAAAGUUAAAUCAAAUGGACAUAAGUGGUUCAGAAGAAGGCAGUAGUGAUGGGAAGGGAUCACAGAAUCGGAUGAAGAGAAUGACAGAUAUUUUGACACAAAUCCUAAAUGAGAGCCAAAAGACUAAUAGUUUAAUGAGUGGUGAGAAGGAAAAGGCGUUCAAAACACUGGAAGGCAUCCGACAACUGGUCGGCAACACAGACACUGAAUCGACGGCCAGUACCACACCGUAG